UAGUCAGUUGACCGGAGACUCGCGAACGCGACGGAUCUAUCAGAUGUGUAUUUCGAAUAUGCUUAAUACACGUGACAUGAAGCAAGAAAACCAACUGUUUUAGAUUUGGUACACGUGUCUUCUGUCCUCGUGUGCAAAUCAUUCCGAUCGUCGUCAUGAGAGUAAAAAGCUUAAGGGACGUCCGCAGUUUUUUGUUGCUGCUGGCGGCAGUAACAAGCACAAGUGCAUCAAAAUGUUCCAGACUCAUAGACGGCACAACCAUGCCUCGUUCCAAUGCAGAUGGGAAAUACCACCUAUUCAUUACCCUGUUCAACCGGACGGAAAUGGUCUUCUCUUAUAUGCCGAAUACCAGAUAUACCGUGACGGUCCAGGCAGACAGCAUGGGGGUCAUACCGCGAAAAUUCACAAGGUUCCUGAUAUCGUCUGAGGCCGAGAGCGAAGAUGACAUGGCAGAAACUGGCGUAUUCGAUCUUCAGGACGAGUUGUUGACGAGAUACUCUGAAAUUUGUCCGAAUGCCGUGGUGGAGACCUCGAUGGUGCCCAAAGAGGAGAUAUCAGUGGCCUGGACCAGCCCUUCCGAAGGUAGCGGUUGCAUAUUUAUCAGGGCGACGAUAUUGGAGACGCCGGAUACAUGGUACAUGGAUGAUCCGAACUUAGUGCUAAAGAUAUGUCAAGACUCGAAAGCCGAGGCGGACGACCAGGGACCGGUUCUGGAGGACUGCUGUGCCUGCGACGAGGCGAAGUACGAAGUUACUUUCGAGGGACUUUGGUCUAGGAAUACUCACCCCAAGGAUUUUCCUAGCAAAGGGUGGCUCAUUCGAUUUUCAGACGUGAUUGGAGCAUCUCAUACUGUAGAUUACAGAUUUUGGAGGUACAAUGGUAUGGCCAGUUCCGGUUUGCGACAAGUGGCCGAACUUGGAUCGACCCGGAAAUUAGAAUCUGAAUUAAAGGAACAAAGUGAACAUAUCAGGACUAUAAUUAAAGCCAGGGGAAUAAGUUAUCCCAAUGUUACUGGGAAAACCUUUGCAGUCUUCCGUGUUGACCGGAAACACCACCUCAUGUCCUUGGUCUCCAUGAUUGAUCCAUCGCCGGAUUGGAUCGUCGGGGUUUCAGGUUUGGAGUUGUGCCAAUCUAAUUGCACAUGGAUCGAACACAAAGAACUGAAUUUGUACCCUUACGAUGCGGGCACUGACAAUGGAAUCACGUAUUUAUCACCCGAUUCUCCAGCGGAAGAACAGGAACCCAUUCGUCGGAUAACAUCAAGCUACCCAAAUGACUCUAGGUCUCCCUUCUACGAUCCUUCCGGUUUAGAUAUGAAACCGCUUGCCAGGCUUUACUUAAACCGACAGAGGCUUUACGAAAAAAUUUGCGUUUCUACACCAGGGGAUGUGGUUGACACAGGUACAACACCAACACCACCUGAUAAUAAUCGCAAAAACAAAGCCUGCAGAGUGACACAGUGGGGCCCUUGGGAUCCUUGCCCCGUAACUUGCGGCCGUGGUAACCAGCUCAGACAAAGAUAUUACCAGGACAAAGCUGCUGCGACGCUGAACAAGUGCAACACCUCGCUAACCGACAGAAUGACAUGUCAUGGAAAGAGCCCUCACUGCCAAGGAGGGAGAUAUGCAGCCAUGUUGGAUACCGAGGCAUGCGCAAUGGGCGAUUGGAGUUCGUGGAGCUCGUGCACCAAGACCUGCGGUACCGGUCACAUGACCAGAUCGCGAAACUUUCUAGACAAGAAGCAUCGUAAACAAUGCAAAUCCAUCCCCGACGGGCCAGAACUUCAACAGACGAUCGACUGCGAGAACGUUCCGUGCGCGGACAAGGAUGAGCAGCAGGUAAGCGAGACAUCUAGCCAGACGGAGGCGAAUGAUAACAAUCAGGACGAUGAUGACAAUGGUGAAGUAAUGGGUUACGAAGGAGACGAAACGUCGGAGGAGGUAACCAGCGAACGGCCGCAGAAUUGCGCCGAGGAGCGUUACACGCAAUGGUCCCUAUGGUCCCCAUGCAGUUCUACCUGUGGUCCCGGAGUCCAAUUGAGGUCAAGGCUUGUGAAUAAGAAUUGGAGCACUAUGGAGGACAACGACGAGGAGGAUAUCGAGGAGUGCAAGCUGCAACAGGCUGCCUGCGUGGCCAGCAUUCCAACGUGUGACUUCACAAAGGAAGAAGCAGAAAAAAUUUGCAAUGAACCGAUGAAGAAAGGGCAAUGCAGUGGUAACAUCUUACGUGCCUAUUUUGACAAAGAAACGGGUCGAUGUCGUUUCUUCAGUUACUCCGGCUGCGAUGGAAAUAGAAAUAAUUUCCAAACUGAACGAGAUUGCCGAAAAGUUUGUGGUAGUUUUCAAAGAGAGUUAAGGACAAACACGUCGACUAUGACAAAAAACUAUAAGGUAUCUCUCAGCAGCGUUCUCAGCUAUCACAUACCUGCACAGGAGCAACGCAGCACGAAGACAAAACGUGCUCACCAUGAGAAAUUAGAAUUCAAAGGCAUACAACCAGACAGUCAAGUGGUGGAAUCAUCUGAUAAUACUGAAGAUGUCGACUGUCUGGUAUCUGAAUGGAGUAAUUGGUCUAAAUGUGUAGGAUGCCGUGGAUAUACAGUUAGAACAAGGGAAAUUAUGGUACCACCUAAAGGUAAUGGUAAAAAAUGUCCAAAAAAAUUGCAUCGGAAAAGAAAAUGCCACAAAAUUCCACCAUGUUCUUUACAAAGUGACGGACCAGGACGUCGUACAUAUCGUGAUCGAAAUGUAGGACCAGAAGAAAAUCAAAUUUCAGUUGACUGCAAAAUGACACAAUGGUCUAGUUGGUCAUAUUGUGCAGCUACUUGUGGGCAAACAUCACAAUAUAGAACAAGAACAGUCAAAGUCCAACCAGUUGGUCCAAAAGGUAAACUGUGUCCUACUUUGGUAGAGUACAGAAAAUGUCAUACAAUGGAAUGUCUAUAAUAAUAUUUAUUGAUACUUUUUGUAUAUUCAUUUUUUUUAUGUUACCGUUACUUUUAAACAUAUUUGAAUCUCAAAUCUUGCUUAUGUAUCAUUAAA